GCGCAGGCGUCGGCGGCGGAACCGAGCGGUCGAGCGUGCGGCCGCGGCGCUGCCAACUCGUGUGGGACCCACCGCUCCCGCCGGCCGCCCGCGGGUCAGCGCGCCGAUCCUCCCGCCGGGUGCCGGAGCCCGCCCGCGCACCGCCCGUGCCCGCGUGAGGCUGGCAUGCAGGAUGGCGGGACAGCCAAGCCCCAUGCCCCACGGAGGGAGCCUGAACAACCUCUGCCACGUCCCCGGGCCCGCGCACCCUCCUGACCCACAGAGGCAUCUGGCCACCUUGUCUUUCCGCUGCUCGCUGGCCGACUUCCAGAUUGAGAAGAAGAUCGGCCGCGGGCAGUUCAGCGAGGUAUACAAGGCCACCUGCCUGCUGGACAGGAAGACGGUGGCUCUGAAGAAGGUGCAGAUAUUUGAGAUGAUGGACGCCAAGGCAAGGCAAGACUGUGUCAAGGAGAUCGGCCUCCUGAAGCAAUUAAACCACCCAAACAUCAUCAAGUACUUGGACUCGUUUAUUGAGGACAACGAGCUGAACAUCGUGCUGGAGCUGGCUGACGCGGGCGACCUCUCACAGAUGAUCAAGUACUUUAAGAAGCAGAAGCGGCUGAUCCCCGAGAGGACAGUGUGGAAGUACUUCGUGCAGCUGUGCAGCGCCGUGGAGCACAUGCACUCCCGCCGGGUGAUGCACCGAGACAUCAAGCCUGCAAACGUGUUCAUCACGGCUACGGGCGUCGUGAAGCUCGGGGACCUCGGCCUAGGCCGCUUCUUCAGCUCCGAGACCACCGCAGCCCACUCCCUAGUUGGGACACCGUACUAUAUGUCUCCAGAGAGGAUCCACGAGAACGGCUACAACUUCAAGUCCGACAUCUGGUCCCUGGGCUGUUUGCUGUACGAGAUGGCAGCUCUCCAGAGCCCUUUCUAUGGAGAUAAGAUGAACCUCUUCUCCCUCUGCCAGAAGAUCGAGCAGUGUGACUACCCGCCUCUCCCUGGAGAACAUUACUCUGAGAAGUUACGAGAACUCGUCAGUAUGUGCAUCUACCCUGACCCAGGCCAGAGACCUGACAUCGGAUACGUGCACCAAGUUGCCAAACAGAUGCAUGUCUGGACUUCAAGCACCUGAAUUUGGAUGCAUCGUGCCUUAUAAGAAGCCAGCACCACUUUGACUCGAGUCUUCUUCUGUCUGAAGUGGCCACCUGGUAGCCUAGAACAUCAAAGGUUCAGCAAGUUCCCUGAAGGGGGUCAGGCUUUUUAGCACAGAUGCUGAUGGCAGAACAUCUGGGGGGUAGGGGCACUGGUCACGCAUUACUGAUGGUCAAAUUCAAAAGUUCUUUCUUUAAACUGUUGUGAACAACCCAGGCUAGGUUGUUAACAUGGAUGGGUGGCUCCGCGAGCCACUGAAGGACCCCUUAUAUCUGGAUUGUAAUGUGAAUCCUUAGAUAAUUCCUUCAGUGACUUGUCAACAUCUAUACUACCAGAAUUGCAGGAAGCUGAUUUGUGUAGGGGGCCUUUGAAAUGGUUGGUAGCAAUUCAGUUUAGUUCUUAGUGUCUUUUCAAACAAUCAAGCUGUGUGCUUAAUUUACUCUGUUGUAAAGGGCUAAAGCGGAUUUUUUUUUCCCCAGUAGAGUGGAGAUUUUACUAGUAGUUUUGUCUCCGUUAGAACUUGAUGAAUGACAACGAGAACCCAGCAUCUGACAUGGAGCUUCAAAAGGCAAAUGGUAUUUGGAAGCCAUGAGUGCUAUCCUUGCAGUCUGGUCCAGUCACCUUCUACUGAACACCUGCUGUGUACCAGGCACUUCCUCAUCUGCUUGAUUCCAUUAUCAGUGUUAAACUGUUUUCCUCAGUGGGAAAGAAGCAUGGGAGACAAAAAACACAAGGGCUUUGUGCCCAGGCUAUUCUCUGUACAAAUUCUGGGUCUGCAACUGCUUAUCAUGACCUUGGGCAAGUUUCUUAACCUCUCUGAGCCUCAGUUUCCUCAUCUGUAAAAUGGGACUAAUAAUACCUACCUUCAAGGUUGCUGACAGAAUUUGAAAUAAAAUAUGCAAGUUAUUUAGUACAGUGUGGAUUCUCCAAAAAUGGUAGCUGCCACUCACCUCUUCACAAAACUGAAGUCCAUGGUCUGUAUAAGCCAAGAAUUAGCGUACAAUUGUUUAUGUGUAGGAAACCAGAGAUGUGUUUUUAUUUCUUGUUCCCAGAUAGGAUUAACUGUGAAGACUAAUUUAUAAAUGUGAACUUACGGAAAACUCAAGCUCUGAAGGAAAUAGUCUGAAUUUUGUUUUUAUACUCAAAUUAAUCCUCAAAUGGUGUAAACUGUCUUCCACUGACUUGGUGACAGUCUAGCCCUCUGGGCUGUGGGAUGUCCUGGCCAGGUGUUUGCUGACAUCACCUGGCUGGCCCCGGUACACUCACUGACCAGGCCUCGUGGGAAUAAAGGAGUCGGGGCUGGGACACUGCUCUUUUUCCACAUGUGAACUCUGUUCUGCUGUAACACUGUAGGUUUUGAGAUAUUUUCUUCAGAUACAAACCUUUGCUUUGUACUUGUUCUCCAUGUUUGAAAUAAAUUGGGGGGUAAGAGGUGUCUGUGAA